AAAAUGGAACAUUUUUAUGUAAGUCAUUUUAGUUAUUACAGGAGUUCGAGUAACAGAAUACUUUAUGAAUGGCCCCGUUUUCUUGCACAUCUCCCAGAAACUGUUAAAAGUGUUACAAAGGGCAUAAUGUACGCUGUUUUCCGCGGGUGUAUAGAUAGCAUAAAAGGCACUGUAGGAAUAUUUAUUCUGGAUAAGCAGAUAAAAGAAAAGGCAUCUCAGAGUACACCCAAGAAGGACGCUACGCCCAGGAGAAGGGAUUCCUCUAGAAAAGAUGAAACAUCGAAAGUGUCUUCCAAAGAGCCAGAGACAGUUUCCGUGUUAUCUCGGGCACUACAGUGUUGUGCACUAAAUGGUGUUGUGUUUUUAUUCAGUAUAUUUCUUUUUGAAUGUGGGGUGCUGCCUUUUUUGAGAUUCUUCUUGUCCAUACUCUUCGGCCAUUCACCAGACACAGAAAAUACUGUCUGGUCAUGGAUACAUCCAAUCCUCACUUGGACAUUCAGCACCAUGUGGGUGUUGCCUCUUUUCUUGCUAAGCAAGAUUGUAAAUAGCUUGUGGUUUCAGGAUAUUGCAGAUUCUGCGUACAGACAUACCAGAGGUCGUCCACAAAUGUUGAGUAGUGUCAGCAAAUUGAUUGCAGACCUAUUAUUCAGCAUAUUAGUUCAGGCAUUGUUCCUUGUUCAGAGCAUGCUUGUGAGCUUAUUACCAAUAAUGUUUCUCAAUGAACUACUGAGCCUAAUUCAUAUGUGUAUGCUAUAUUCUCUAUAUUCAUUUGAAUAUAAGUGGUUAAACAUGGGCUGGGAGCUACACCAGCGUUUGAAUUUCAUGGAAAACAACUGGCCAUACUUUGUGGGUUUUGGUCUGCCUCUCGCAGUACUCACUGGAUUGCCCUCAUCAUUCAUUGUAAGCGGCUGUAUAUUUUCUAUGGUAUUUCCUAUGUUCAUAAUAAGUGGCAAUGAAGCAGUGCCAGUAACUGGAGUCUGUGAUUAUCCUCUGCAGCUUUUCUCACCUGUUAUAGCAAUAUCGAAUGCCCUAUUCAACCGUACUAUUGGGACAAAACACACACCAUCACAAGCACAGAGAUGAUCACUGCCUUCAAGUGUUCCAUCUAAUAUACCAGAAAAUGUACUGAUCUGUGUAAUUAACUCAACUUUAAAAGACAGGUGUUUUAUAAUUCCUUUUAGUGCUACUUCAAAUUAUUUUGAAAACAUAUCACAGUUGCUUGAAAAAGAGAGAACUUUCAGGUUUUGGGCUUUAUUCGUAGUGAGCCCAUUCAGAAGCAGAUCAGUUUUGCAUAAUUUACAUGUUUUGCUUUAUAAUUUCAUUGAUGCAGAGUUAUGGUACUGUAAGCAGUACAAUAACAGUGUGGAGAAGGAACUAGUUUUUCCUCUUCUUUUCCUAAGAAAUGUCUAAGUGAUGUACAAUCUGUGAUUUUUUCCAAGUAAGUCAGCACAGAGAAAGAGUGAGUGUUUUAAAAGUUGUGAAAUUCUAGUCAUAAGACUUCUCCUUUUUACUCUUGUGUUGGUGUAUACUCUGAUGCACUGCUCACAGAUGUGCAGUGAUUUUGUGCCUCAUUGACAAAUUUUUUGCAUAUUGUUUAGUUAUACUUUUAUACUGAUAUUGAUAUGGAUAUAAAAUAUAUACAACAUAUAACAAUGUUUUUUUCUUUGUU